GUUUUCUAAAAUGGCGACCAGUAUCAGUGUUCAGACCUGCAACUUGGGUUUCUUCUCGAUAUGUCAUGUUAUGGACCUAAGGACCAUAAAGAACUGAGAAAUCACAAGAAUGGAGUUGAACACAAAUUCUACAGUCAGCUUACCUCAUGAUACAAUUAAUAUCAUCUUUGAGUUUGCCCAGCCUGAGUUGGAAGAAACCAGUGUGAAUGGGGAUGGAAUAAUGUCAGAAAGGACUGGUGACCAAGUUGUUGAUCUAGUUCACAACCCAUCUGGGUCACAUGGUGACCCAGCUGUGCAAGCUCAAAGGUCAUCAACAAAUGAUCUCAACUGCUUAAGUGGAUCUGUUGCAACUCAGGAAACUUUGGAAAGUGAUGAUGAGCGAAUGAAACCUUGUGUGACAAAAAGAAAAACAUCAAUAGAGACAUCACAGUCAAAUGUACCACAGCUGUCAAUUUCAAAUCCACAACAGCCUUGGUUUUCAAACUCACUGCAGCCAUCGAUUUCGUGUCUGCCACAGAUGCCGACAAUGCAAAUCGGAAACAAGCAAGUUGUUCAAAGAGUAUAUGUCCAAAUGCCAGUACAGACACAAGUUUUUCAGAAACAGAAGACUUCAGAAACAAAAUCAACACAAGUGAAGAAAAAAUCAAAUAACAGAAAGGUGGAUUACAGUCGUAUAACUAAAAAACAGGCUGAAGGCACUCGGAUAACUGAUAAACAGGUAGAUUGCACUCCAAUAACUAAUUCUACUAAACUUGCUCUUCUAAAUUUUUUGAAAAAGAAAUCUGUUGCAACUGUUAAUGAAACAAAUGGCAAAAGUGGUGAAGACCACAUGGAGCCUGAGAUCCAAAUUCUUGUACCUGUUGGAGAAGACAGCAAUGCUUGCAAUAAAGAUAAAACCUAUUCAGAUCAGCUGAGCAACAUUGGGAAGGAUCUGAUUGAUAUACAAGUAAGGACUGAGGACCAGAGAUGUCAAGAAAUAGAGUUCAUCGCUGAAUCUUGUUCACCAGAACCAGUUCAAUCCAGUCAGGACUCUACUCAGUCUUUUAAUGAAUUGACGUCAACUGGAGUUCAAAGUAAUAGCACUUAUCAGCCAUCAAAUCAAAAAUCAGAUGCUGCAGGGGUGAAUGAUGAAAUUACUGACAAAGAUAUGAAGCAAGCUGACAAAAACUGUAGUUCUGUUUCUCUGUGUACUAAAGAGAGUUGCAUAGAAAUAGAAAAUACUACUGCUGAUGAAACACCGGAGAGUGAAUUAACAACUAGUGUUCAAGAAGUAGAUGUUGUUGUGCUGCCAUCACUUUUGCAACCAGAUGUUUCCACAAAAGUUGUAAAAAAGACUAAGAAGGUGCAGAAACAAGAAACAGGCAUCAAGAAAACGAAUAGAAAAAACCCUCGCGAGUGCACAGAAUGCGGUAAAACUUUCCCUACAACUUCACAGUACUGCCAGCACAUGAACAUUCACUACGACCGAAGACCUCAUAAAUGCAACGAGUGUGGCAAAGCAUUUCGUCAACGACAUCACCUUGCGAAGCACCACCUUAUUCACACAGGGGAAAAACCUUACGUCUGUCAGUACUGCAAUAAGGCAUUUAUAUCGUUUUACAAUCGGCGAGACCACGAACGAAUCCACACAGGAGAGAAACCCUUCGAAUGCGCGCACUGCGGCGGAAAGUUUCGUUAUGCACAAGCCGUCAAAGAACAUGAAAUCAACUUCCAUGGCAUUGGAAAGAGAAAUGAAAAUCCGGUGAAGGAAAAACGGUUUUAUGCGUGUAAUAUAUGCGAUAAGACGUUUUCGUGGUCAAGUGCGCUUUCGACGCACAAGAAAAUUCACGCCAAUGUUUGGCCUUAUAAAUGCAAAAAGUGUUCCAGGGCUUUUAAGAGUUACAGCAAUUGGUGGACGCACAAGAAAAGCCAUUCGAAAGAGAAACCCUUCGAGUGCGAUCUUUGUGGACAGCGCUUGAAACGUCGUGGAAAUCUCAAAAGGCACAUCUUGACGCAACACGACCCUGAAGAGGCAGAAGAAUGUCUUAAAACCAGCAAAGAGUUUGAAAACUUCCGUGCGAAUAAAGCUAGGUGGGCUAACAAGUGAUUGAUGUUGUUCCAGGGCUUUUAAGACACAAGAAAACCCAUUCGAAAAAAACGAAACUAAAGGUUCGAGGAUGAAAUUAGAAAGAAUAAACAAGCUUGAUUACAGGAUGCUCGCGUUUUCUCGCUUGAAGUUAAAAAAAACCCUCUGAAUCAUAGAUUUACUUCAGAAAAUUACAUUUAAGUGCAGCAAUGGUUUGUUAUAAAUAAUUUUAUUCCAUAAAUUGAGCGUCGGAGUAUCCUUUAGGAAGGUCUUAUGUUUUGUGAAGGUGAAUUAGAAUAGUGUUUUUAUAACUCUGUUAGAUUUUAUAAGAUAUUGUUAGGACGCAAAAUGUUUGAACUGUGUUCGUUAGUUACCAGCUUUCAACAUUUUCAAGAAAAUAAAAGACAGUAUUUAAGUGGAGGAUGCAUGAGGGCCGUUGAAAUGAGAAUUGAUACAUUAGUACGUUACUUCAUGUGUAUGUAGCCGAGUUCUCCUUUAAACUUACCUGUGAUACCGAUUACUAUAAAGACACUCUAACCAGGAGCACUUGACAUUUU